CUAACACGGAAGUACUCAGCCUUGGUAGUUAUGUAGCUUGACGUGAGUUGUCUUGUGGUGUUGAUACUCUGUCAUUUUUUUUUAAUUUGUCAUAUUCUUAAGCACUGUACAGCAAUGACAAACGAGGAAAGUGGAAAGCCACAGUUUUAUAUCUGUAACUGUUUCACGACGGACAACAUUUUUCUGAAGGACUACAAGCUGCAUGUUCGCUUUGUAACAGAGGAGCAGUUCAGACAGGACUACGAAGCACUUUUGAAGAGGCUUGGCUGCGUUACACAGCAACAGUUUGAGGACAUCUUCAAUAAGAUUUCCCAGGAAGUGGACAGGCGAAUGUGUUUUGGCGUGACAUCUGCUAAGAGAAAGUCUGUCAUAAAAAACACGUACCAGCCUCUUCAUCCUCACGUCUACCAUCUGCAGGAGACCUUCCUUACGCCAAAGUUCAAGCAUCUUGUCGAAUGUUGUCGAAGUCGCAAUGUCACACUCAACUGUCUUUCUGAACUGUUGGAGGAAGAAGCAGCUCCGAGGGUCUAUCGCUUUCCCGUGUUCGACAAACGCUUCUGUGAGGAUCUGAUGGAUGAGCUGGAGCACUUUGAGCACUCGGCAGCACCUAAAGGUCGACCGAACACCAUGAACAACUACGGGAUCCUCCUGAAUGAACUGGGCUUUGACGAGGGUUUCAUCACACCUCUUCGUGAGCAGUACCUGCAUCCACUCACCUCCUUGCUCUACCCAGACUGCGGAGGACACUGUCUUGACAGUCACAAAGCCUUCGUUGUCAAAUACGACAUGAAUGAAGACCUGGACCUUAGCUACCACUACGAUAAUGCAGAGGUCACACUCAAUGUCUCUUUGGGCAGGGACUUCACAGAGGGAAACCUUUACUUUGGCAAUAUGAGACAGGUGCCUUUAUGCGAGACUGAGUGCACCGAGGUUGAACACAGAGCCACAGAGGGCCUUCUUCAUCGGGGACAGCACAUGCACGGGGCCCUGCCUAUCUCCUCUGGCCAGCGAUGGAACCUCAUCAUCUGGAUGAGAGCCUCACAGGAGCGCAACCAACUCUGCCCCAUGUGCAACAGGAGGCCUGAGCUGGUGAAAGGGGAAGGCUUUGCUGAUGGAUUUACCAGACACGCCGCACCUCUGCUCACCAACUCGUGUGCGCUUACGUGACACGUGCGACUGGAAGAUUGAAGUCAUCGCAUUACAGUGUGCGUCAAAGAAAAGGAAAGUGAAAGUGCCAAGUGAAGUGAAAUUAGACAAGGGAUAAUUCUCAAGUGGAGAAACGCCGAUCAACAUUGUCUGCAUGGCCGUCCAAGCCACUCAAGGAAGGAUCUGCUCCCAUGAAAUGGACAGUAAUACUAUGCAGCCUAAUAAUACUACGUUUUUAAUAGGCUGCAUGUUUAUUAUGGGGUACCUUCUCUGGUCCUGAAUGGGCUGUUAGGAAUGAAGAAGGGGAAAUAAUUAUGUCAAAUUAUUCACAAUUUGUUACAUUGCUCUAAAAUUAUAAUAUAUAUAUAUAUAUAUAUAU